UAUGAUCGAUCGCCGACGCCUUCCUCGCUGCUGUCCGCUUCCCCCCCUACAACUCCCAAACAAACGAAUAUGGCGGAUGUGGAGGAGCGACAGGGCUUGUUGGAUGACGAGGAUGAUGUGUCGUUCUCCGGCCGGCGGAGCGCCACAGGCCCCGGCAGACCGAUGUGGGCCAUUUGCGACCCGAGUCACCUCCUGCACCGGAUCGUCGUCCUCAUGUUUAUGUGCUUCCUGGGGUUUGGAAGCUACUUCUGUUAUGACAACCCGGCUUCACUACAGACUCAAGUCAUCCAGGAUAUGAAGCUGAACACUGCAGACUUCAUGCAGCUGUAUGCGUGGUACUCCUGGCCCAAUGUGAUCCUCUGCUUCUUGGGAGGAUUCCUCAUCGACAGGGUGUUUGGGAUCAGAUUCGGAACCAUCUUCUUUUCGCUUUUUGUCUGUGUGGGACAGAUAAUAUUUGCUCUCGGGGCUUUUGUAAAUCGCUUCUGGCUGAUGGAAGUUGGACGGUUUGUUUUCGGGAUUGGAGGAGAGUCCCUGGCUGUGGCCCAAAACACGUAUGCAGUCAACUGGUUCAAAGGCAAGGAGCUCAACCUGGUGUUUGGCCUGCAGCUUAGCAUGGCUCGACUGGGCAGCACAGUAAACAUGAACAUCAUGGGCUGGGUUUACAACCAAGUCGCCAGCCUUGUCGGUUCCUCCGGAUACAUCACACUAGGUGCAUCACUCAUGAUAGCUGGCUUAACCUGUUUAUUCUCUCUAAUCUGUGCCUUGGUCUUGGCUUUCCUGGACAAAAGAGCAGAAAAGAUCCUCAACAAGGAGCAGGGCAGAACAGGUGAGGUGAUCAAGCUGACGGAUGUGAAGGACUUCCCUUUCCCUCUAUGGCUCAUCUUCAUCAUCUGUGUGGGCUACUAUGUAGCCAUCUUCCCCUUUAUUGGACUGGGACAGGUUUUCUUCAUUGAAAAAUUCAACUUCUCCCCAGCUGAGGCCAGAGCUAUUAACAGUAUCGUGUACAUCAUCUCAGCCCCGGCGUCUCCAGUGCUGGGCUUCAUGGUCGAUAAGACGGGAAAGAAUGUGAUUUGGGUUAUAUGUGCCGUGGUAACCACGCUCGCCGCUCACAUGAUGCUGGCCUUCACCUUCUGGAACCCCUGGAUUGCCAUGUCUCUGUUGGGUGUGUCCUACUCAUUACUGGCCUGCGCCCUGUGGCCCAUGGUGGCCUUUGUGGUGCCUGAACAUCAGCUGGGGACAGCCUAUGGCUUCAUGCAGUCAAUCCAAAACCUGGGACUCGCUCUCAUUGCUAUGGCAGCAGGAGCCAUCCUAGACAGCAGAGGAUACCUCUUUCUGGAAGUCUUUUUCAGUGCCUGCGUCUGCAUUGCACUCAUUGCAGUGGUGAUGCUAUACUUUGUGGAUUAUCUCAGAGGAGGAGAUUUGAACCUGUCAGCUGCAGCCAGAGCCAAACUCCAGAAAGAAAACACUUCAGACUCAGAAUAAUGAUGAUGAUGAGGGAACACACACAUGGUGCUGGGCUUCAGAGCCAGCUGGCUGCACUGUCCACCCCAGAGCUGUCAAUCAACUGCCAUGGGGCGGGACUGCACUACUGACUCCGCCCAGUGCUGUCAUCUGUGGCUCUUCCCACCAGAAGUCUGACUGUCUGGCCCAGGCUAUUACAUAAUUGUGCAGUAAUAGCUGCUUGUCUCCCCAUCAACACACUGACAAAUCCCAGCUUGGACACCACAGUCGCUCUCUGAGUUCACACACUGACUUAAUCUUUUUCACUGACUCCACAGUGACGUUGUGUCAAACUUAACAGAGUUUUACUCUGUUGAAACCCAAGAAGAAACUUUAUAUGCUUCAAAAGUGUGUUAAAGUGUGUUGUAAUUGUCUGAAUUGAUCACCAGAUGAGACUCAUAUCCUCUGGAAAGGGCCUUAGACCCCUCCUUAACAACAUAGGAAUUCAAUUUUAAUGUGCUAAUGCCAUCUACAAUAUAGAUUUCCUAUAUUCAAGUUGAAUUUCUUUAUAUAUAUAUACGAGUAUGUUUUAAAUUUAUUUUUAUAUGUUUUCUUUCUUUGUAAAUUGGUUUCUGCAGGAGUGUGUUACUUGCCUUAUCAUAAUGAUCAGUUUGUGCACAUAUCAUUUGUCAGCAUUCACAAUAAUUGCCAAACAAAACGUCCCUCUCUGGACUGCACCUUUUGCAAAGAGUGAGUUCACAUUCGGUUUUAAUCAUAUGCGUCAUUGACCUUUUAUGAUGGUACAUCUCAGGAAGAGCAUAACUCUUUAUUGUUUAAAUCUUUAUUGCUCAAUUCUUUCAUUUCUUAAAUUCCUUUCUUGGCUCUCUGCUGGUUCUGGAGGUUCAUAAAAAUUUAUUUUCUGUCCCACCAUCAAAUCGUACACUACCAUAACGAUUUAAAAAAAAAAAAAAAAAAAAAGACCCAAGAGGGACACGCUUUUGACUGCACUUAUCUGUGUAAUGACAUUCACUUUGUUACCCUCAACUUUUUAAGACUCUAAUUUAUUAAUAUGACCUUUUAAAGAUGACCCUACUGGUAACUUGUGUUAAAAAAAAAAAAAAGUAAAUUAUUGUCCAAAGAUAAAAUAGGGGAUUUUAAGAAUCAGUUCCACUAAUCACUUUGUUUUUGUAGGUUGUGUUUUGCUCAUUAAUCAAACUCAGGUAAUUAAUUUGUUGAAAGCACUGCCUUGAAUUGUUUAUUAUACCCACUCAUUGUACCAACUCAUCUGAAUAGUUGCAUGAGAAUGGUCAUGCACUCUGCUUUACUGUUACCACUUCUGUGAUGUGGAGAGAGCUUUGUUUCUCUGUAUUGCUGCUGUUGUCACAAACAUGUAAAUGCAAAACCUUCACCACUGCCAUUUGGCAAAUCAGUCUUCAGCAAGAUAUUAAAGGACUGGAAAAAAGGAUAGUAAGGAUAGUAAGAUGGUCAAUGGCACCAAGAUUAAAUGUGAUUGUGAAUGCCCAUUUAAAUUACUAUAAUAUUAGUGGUACAGCCAGAAACAGGCCACUUUCUUCACCCACAGUUAAUUUGCUCUGUGGUAUUGGGACUGUGAUGCAGUCUAUGUAUUCUGUCCUUAAAUUGAAAUCGGUUGUGUUAACCAUCAUGAUGUUCAGAAAGCGUAUUACGGGAAACACAGAAGAUCUGUGUUAUCUGGAAGAUAGAACCACUAUUUUCACAUUAAUUUUAUUUUCUUUUUGUUUGAACAAACUGACUUUGGAUACUGUGUUGUUCAUGGAACAAUGGCAUUAAAGUGUUUUUUAAGGAA